CUCUGUUCUCUUCAUUCCUCUCCUUUAUUCUCCUCUUCUCUUUUCUGCUCUCCUGGCCUCGUCAUGGAUACAUACGUGGGGUUGCUCCUCUGUAUUGUUCUUCACACAGUGGCUGGCCAGGCGCCGUCGCUUUCCAUCGCACCGCGGGGAGCCGGUGUGCGAUUGGGCGAGACCGCCACGUUCCGUUGCCGUGUGGUGAGCGGGACGCAGCCCGUCAAGCUGGAAUGGAAGAAAACCAACAACCAGGGGCUCGGAGAAAAUGUGAAGGCUAGUGCCGACGGGACAACGUUGACCAUCACUAAUGCGCAGGCCGGCAACCAGGGCUCCUACAGAUGCAUUGGAACCAACAACCAGGGCAAAGGAACCAUCACCGCAACACUCAACAUCAAACAGUCUCCUAAGGUGCGCGUGACUCCAGCGGGUCCUCUGGAUCUCAGAGUAGGACAGCCGCUGUCGCUCGAAUGCCACGCCACAGGUAAACCCCGUCCCUCCAUCACGUGGUACAAACAGGACGCCACCCACGAGAACGCAUUGGUUUCCUCGGCAACCACCGAGACCACUGCCCACUAUCAGGUGACAGCAGUGAAGGCUCAGGACUCGGCCACCUACAUCUGCAGGGCCAAGAACAAGGAGGGCACCACUGAGAUGAAGGUGCAGGUGCGGGUGGCCACCACCGGGGGCGCCGGAGGGUCUCUGCCCAAGCCCAUCGUGUCUGUGGAGGAGAUCACCGCCGUGCAGGGGCAGAGCGUGUCUGUGCACUGUCAGGCUACAGGUUCUCCUACUCCAGUCGUCACCUGGUCCAAGCUUAGGGCACCGUUGCCAUGGCAGCACAAGGUAGAGGGGGGCACCCUGACUCUCACCAACAUCGGCCGACAAGACUCAGGCCAGUAUAUCUGUACCGCCACUAACUCAGCCGGGGAGGUUGAGGCCUACACACAACUGGAGGUGGAGGCUCCCCCCUAUGCCACCACCUUACCUGACCAGGUGUCUGCCCGCGCCGGCGACAUGCUCCGCCUCCAGUGCCUGGCCCACGGCUCUCAUCCAAUCACGUUGCAGUGGAGCAGGGUGGGCGGGUCCCCGCUGCCGGCCUCGGCCAAGGUGAACCACGACGGGCAGCUGGUGAUUGGCCGGCUGGGCGCGAGUGACGGCGGCGUCUACCAAUGCACGGCCACCAACCACGUGGGCUCGCACGAGGCCCAGGCCACGGUGACCGUCAGAGGUUAAAUGUGAAGCAUUUGACAUGCUUUACUACGGCUCCUGACAUGCAUGCACACACGCCACAGACACACACAUGCAAACACACACACAUACACACACACACACACACAUACACACACACACACACACACACGCACACACACACACACACACACACACACACACACACACACACACACACACACACACACACACACACACACACACACACACAAUUACAAGCACUUCUAUUUUGCCAUGCUUUCUGCAAGUCUUCAGAACCUGUAUUAUGCUACUACGCUCAAUUGGAAUUCAAGGAUAGAAAGAUAUUCCAGAAAAAAAGAGAAGAAUAUUCCAGAAUCCAUACCAUACUAUGUUGAAUGGAAAAAUCAAGAACAAAGGAAGAUUCUAGAACUUGUCAUGCUUCAGUCCCUCUGUCUCUGUCUAUGUAAUCCACAGAGGGAUUAAAAAAUAAUAAAACUUUAAAAUAGG